AUGGCCUUCGCAAUGAAGAUAGUUUACUACCGCAAGCCUGUCAUGCCAGGUCUCAGAAACUGGAGCCUCAUCCUCAUGUCCACCUCGACAGAAGGCACCGAAUUCACCCUCCAAGUUCCAUCCCGCGAUGGUGACAUCACCCUAGCCAAACCUACAGCCAAACCCACUGACCCAACACACGACGAAGGCUUCCUCUGCAUGCUUCAUGCCGGAAAAGUCGAGAGCAGGAGAUACGCAGAAUUCUGCGCUAUCGUCGCGAACACCCCGGUACCUUGUAAUGUCGCCAAUGCGAAGGCAGCUCAAUGGACGCCGUUAGAUUGGGUUGUGACAAUCUUGGAACAGCUGCAUGCCAAGGGCUUUUCGGUGAGAAAAGAUGGCAAGGGGGAGUUGAAGCAGGAGGUGGAGAAGCAGAUGAAGAGGAGUCGCGUGGCAUGA